GUAAACUGAGACUGAGAGGUACCAUAUCGGCGUACGUCCCCCUACGUUGUCGGCCAAUACGUCUUGAUAGGUACCGAUAGGAAAGGGAAAACUGACACGUGAAGCUCCCCCUAGGAUGGCUCUUUGUUUGGGUCUGUAGGGCUGACUCAUCCAUCCAACAUAUUUCUUGGAGGCAGAGAUAGGCAAAAAACUAGUUUAAAGAUUGGAAGAUUUGAUCGGUGUUGAAAUCUUACAGCCAAAGUGAAUUUGGGAUACACGCUUUCAGCGGAUUAUUGGCUGUCUGAGGGAGGGUGUCCGCCGGUCAAGCAUCGGUAUAGAUUGGGGAGGAGGCAUUUAUAAAGCGAGUGCCGAUGAGAAACUCAGGAACAUCGGAGGGAAGCAAUCGGGGAAAUCUCACAUUGAACAACAGCCACCCCUCCCCCCUCGACACACCCACUCUCUGCCUCUGAACGUCAGAAAUGCAUUAGAUACAGAGGCAGACAGGAACUCUUCUGUAGAUUGGGAAAUGGCGGAUAGAAGAACGCAGAGGGCUUCAAACAAUAAGCAGACGACAAGUUACGACUCGCGCUCAGCGGAAGUAAAGCGACGCUCAAGAAGCGCGGGGCCUCCAGGGAAAAAUAAAAUGAGAAAUUCAAUGGACGAAAAACGGUUCCUUGCAGCUCAAGAGAAGAAGAGCAAGGCCUCGCGAUAUUAUCAGAGACAACAAGAGUUAAAACAUGGUAUGCGACAUUCAUUGUACAACGAACCACAGUCGGACGAGGGGGGCUUCCCCAAUUACAGCUCUAGCGCAUCCGACUCGGAUGCUAACAACAAGACAAAGUGGGUGAAAAACCCAUUAAACAUCAAGAAAACUAAAAAGUAUGAAAAAAGACAACCAACUGGAACGUCUGACAAUGGUGUUUACAGUAUAAAUGAAAAUGAAUAUAACAGGUUGGAGAAUCAAAAUAUGAAGAAUCGCCAGGCUACACGAGCGGGAGUAUUUCGUGAUUCAGAAUACCGCGACAAAAAUGGAAAUCCAAAGAAUAAGUUUCAGAAACUGGAAGAAAGGCGCAAUCAAAGGAUUGAUUAUACAGUGACAUCAGAUGACGAGGUGAACUCUCCGGAAGCAGGGAUAACCAAAUUAAGACAACGAGCCCUCCAAGGUUCCAAGCUAUCCACUCAGUUGCCCGACACUUUGGAAGAUUGGAACAAAUCUUCAAAAGCUCCGCAGGUGUCAUCAUCAACAUUUGAAGUUAGGCGGACUUUUCACGAUAACACUGAACAAGUGGAGAAUGGAUCUUCCUCGUCGGAGCAAAUUACACUGCGACAAAUAGGUCCAGGUAUUCGUGCGUCGAAAUCACCAGGUCAGACCAGCAGCGACGGGGGACAGCGGCGAGAAAGGACCGUGGGCCAGGAAAAGAGACCCAUUGUGCAAGGAAGCUAUAGGAAAAUACCAAAACAGGAGAGUGACUUUCUGAAGAUCCAGAACGUAUCCGGAACUAAGCAGGAGACAAGCCGGGACCAGGAAUCUAGAUCGGGUGAUUCUGUAAAUAGAAUACGGGAAUUGCCCUCUGGUGGAUAUGUACGAUACACAGCAGAGAGUCAAAGAAAUCCUGCAAUAAAUGUCAGAAAUAAGCACGACAAAAGUGAGGAGAAAGUGAUAAACUUUCAGGAAGUCCAGUCAAAUCAACCUGUUCCAAUAAAAAAAGCCAUUGACAGAAUGGAAAGUAAGAGAAAAUCAUACAGCGAUGAGGAUUCAUUAGAUGAUUUGGUGGAAUCUAAUAUACAAUAUUUGGAAAGUGAAUUUGAAAAUGGAAAACUAAAGAAACUUCAUACUACCCGGCCUUCAAAGUUUCCAGUUACCGUGGAACACCGUGAUGUCAACAAAGAGAAGAGGCGGUCCGCGUCUUUAGAUGGUUACGGUAGACCAAGUGAUUCUUUUCAGAGUGAGGUAAAACUCCGUUUGCAAAUUCCAUCGAUGACACAAAGUGCAAGAUUUUACCAAACCAAAAUUGACCCGCGGAACAAUCAUGACGAAGGCGCCAAACCGCAUAGGUACUCUCCCCAGGUACCCAGAAAGCCUGUUCAUGUUACAAACUAUCAGCCCCAAUAUCAAAACGGUGCGGUGUUUCAAAAUACUGUUCCAAAAUAUGAGAGGAAAUUCCAAUCAGCAACAGCCAGCCCCUACUUGCAAAGACGUGGUCUAGAUUUUGGUGAGAUCGAAGAUAUCUCAAGAUCAGAAAAUCAGCUUAACACUCAAGAUAAAGGAUUUUCCUAUCAACUCCCUUCAAACUUUAUGCAUCCGUGCUUCAAAGAGUAUCAGAAAACAGAAACAACGGUGUAUCGGAGUAAAGAUGAUGAUGUCAUCUCUAAGGAAUCUGUUACAAAAAGUAUAUCAGUCCCUGCUAUGGAGAGUGGAAUGUUUUCCGAUGUGGAUUACGACAUCGAAGUUUCCGAGAGAAUCAAAAAAUGGGAGAAGUAUAUGAAAAAACCGGUAGUUAUCGAAGGUGACAAACCUCUGUCAUCUAUUUCUGAGAACGCUUGGGCUGUAGAGCCCGAAACCCCAGUUCCGGUGCCACAGACAAUUGCAGUAUCAUCAACAUCCGUGACUGUAACAAAGGCGCCCCCACAGCCUGUUGAACGAAUAAAAACACUGGGAUCUGUAGAGACACCCACUUCGUAUUUCGAACCGAAAGUCAAGUCUUCUGAAACAAAUACACAUAGGAUAUUUCGUGUAGUUCAGGACUCAAGAUCACAACAAGAUAGUGAUCCAAUAGACGAAUGUGGUUACAAAUGGGUUCAAAACCCCUUGAUGACAGAUAUAAAAGGGGAUAACAUACAACAGACGGACAUGAGAAGCGCGUGUGUCGAGGAAUCUGUUCUAAGCCCAUUCGUAAUUUGCCGGCAGGGUUGGCCUCCGCAAACGUUAUCAAAUUUGGACGCGGAGAAGAGACCCAUGCGGCUUUCGAGACUAGAGGAUGAAAUCAAUGAACUUCAGGAUAUAAAAAUUGAAACUGUUCGAGAUCUUAGGCGGAAAUUUGAUUCUGACGCCAGUGGAAACGAGAGUACAGACGUAACUAAGACCCCAUCCACUCCAGCUACCAUGACUCCAAUGCGUCAACGAAAACAAUUUGUUCGACCAGCUCAAAUUCAAGAAUCAAAAACCGUAUACUUGAAAGUGUCAAACCAGAUUGAUAGUCCCACAUCACCACAGUCAAACAAUUAUGAAAGAAAAAUCAACACUUUAAAAGCGGAAAAACCUCCCGUUGUCGACGAUGUCUGGUCACCGAAUAUGCCAAGUGAUAAAGGUUUGGUGAGUAUCGAACGUGUGAAAGCCCGAACUCUACAGACAAUACCAUUCACGGAGGAUCCAAUAUGGAAGGAGAUAGAAGAAAUGACAAACAUGGAACUGUUAGUCAAUGAAGUAAACGAACCCUCUAUAUCCACAAGUCCUCUUCCACCUAGUGACUCGUCAAGAUUAAAAAGAAACAGUUACGUCGGUUUUGAGAAAAGCCCUGCUGUGCAAAGCACGUUAGUGCCAUCUGCGUCACAGAGGCAGGCAAAGCCAAUAGUUAAGGCAAAACCAUAUAUAACGCCGACAAUUCAACCAUUGAAAUUGACAGUGGAUACAAAGAGUAGCGUAGAUGCCUUAGAUGAGGUUCUCGAAGAUAUCAGAUCAUCCCUACAAAAGAAGCCCCUGAGUCCUAGUGUUCAAAGAAAGAGAACUGAUGACACUGGGUCUUCCUCCAUUUUAUCACCAACGGUAUCAAGUACAGGUCAAAUCUUUUUCCCAACUAAAUCUACUGUCAAGGCCGAAACCCUGAACCCCACAGUAUCAGGAAAGGCUAAUCAAUUCGGAUAUAAGCCUAGCUGGCAAGAUCAGUACGAAACCGAGGAUCUCAUUUCAUCUAUGGAGCAGUCUACGUAUAUUCAAAAUCAAGCAACUUACAUUGACCCUCAGUUCACAAAAUUUCCGCAUAUUAUCAAUGGGAAUUAUCAGCUAGAUCCUCACUUACUCAAGGAAAAGCUGUUAAGUACCGGCCUUGCUGAGUAUCAGUCGGAGACGGAGGAAGUCCGUAAACAAAAAAAGCCUCCCACCCCACCCGAACGGACGUGUGAUGUUGAGAGACAAGUCCUGCGCUCCAUGGAAGAACUUAGAAAACUCGCAGAAGACGUGGAGACACGAUUGCAUCAAAUACGGACGAAGAUUAUCGAGAGUGAUGAGAACAAACUCGACAUGGUUGUUUCUACACUGAAGAAAUUUGAACCGGACAUUAAUUUGAAACAGGAUAUCGAAAGCGAAAGUCGUGAGGAACAUUCUCGAAAAAUGAAGAAGAUGGAAGAAGCUUUGUCUGAAUUGAACAGAAUUUACAAACAAUUGGAUAUUGAUGAGGAGAGGAGCAAAGGAGCAACUUCCCUCGGUAGGUCCAAAUCAUUUAAUACAAACUCUUCUCGUCCGGAAUUUAAAAGAACUUUUUCAGACUCAGAUUACAAUGUUAAUGUUUAUCGAGAUGAAUGUAUAGCCGAAGUUGAAAAAGAAACUCAGCGUGAAUUUGAAGACAUCAAUAAAUCUUUUCAGACUCUCCUCGCAGAAGUGUCAAGUGAUGCAUUACAAUCACCAAAGACACGAGUGGAUGAAGUAGAUCACAAUGCGCAAAUCAAUGCUUCAUUAGAGAAUUUUCUUGGCGAAUUUCGAGCUUCGAACGCAAGGUCGACAAGCGAAUCAGUGGACCCGACAGAGCUGAGAAAACAGUUCACGAACCCGGAUGAUUAUUCACCAGCGCCACGGAACACUUGUACAGAUAUUUUGAAGUCCGAGGUGUUCACUGCUUGUUCGGGUCCAUUUAAUGUCCUGGUUGGAAUCAAUGGAAAACCUAGACGACCAAGUCCAUUGCCAAGGAAACGGCCACAACCACGUGCUUCAGUAAAAAAGGAGGAAAUCAUACAAACGGAAAACCAUGUAAAUACAACACGUGACGAGGGAACGAAUUGUGUCCCUGUAACAGAGACCAAAACGUCAUCUAUUCGAAUUCAACUGUCGCCAUCUUUAUCACGGGAGUCAGCGUCAAGAGAUUGUUCAGAAGGUGAGGAUUCUCGCAUCAAGAAAAACGAUAAAGCACAGAGGAGAUUCAAGAAAAAUAUCGCCCUCAGUCAUCGUAAAUCAAUGCCAGCGGACAUGAUACAAAAGAGCGUGGAAACCCAGACAUCCGACACAAACUGGGCAACAUCGGUAGCGAACAUGCGGGAGAUUUUCACAAAGAAACUAGAACGGGAAGAUUCAAUCUCCAGUGAAAGUUCUGUAGACGCCAGAGGACCACGAAAGCGACGACAAAUCGCCAGGGGGAUUGCGAUGAUGCUGGAAUUUUUCAGUUCAAGUGAGGACGAGCGAGGAAAGUUGACUUUGUCCCAUUCGCGCAGUGCACCGGAUCUCCGGAGUUUGUUCGAGGCCGACUGUCAAGAUAAACCCGUUUCUAACAAGAUCCAGACUCCAAGAUCAGUAAAACAACGUCAUGAAACGAGAUCAAGGAAACGGUCCAUUGAACUGAGAAAGAAAAGAAAAGGAAGCGAUGACAAAACCGAGGAAACAUCGUUAGCUUCAACGACGUCAGAUGACGGUUACGGAACUAAACCCCCUCUACAUCCGGGUACUCAGCGAGCAUUCAGUCCGGACAUUAAGAGUGAGGGUACGAGUGAGGAAACUCAACCAAACACACGCGAUGAACUGCGGGAAGACACACAAACCAAUAAAACUGAUUUUGACAAAUUAAUGGCAUGCAGAAGGAAAAACUGUGAUAAAAAUACGGCAGAUGCGGAACGACCUCGCAGUUUUCAUGAACUUCUUGCAAUGUUUGAGUCUGACCCGUUAAAGCUAACGAAAAUGAAAAACUCUCUGAGGAAAUGUGCCUCUGUGGAUGGAAUUGAACAGGAAACAAUAUUUCGUAAAACAUUUUCAUCCGAACCAGAUCUAAGUAAAUUGGCUGGAAUAUCAAAUGGUCAAGCAAUUUUUCAGCUCGAAGUUACCUUAAAAUAGAUUUUUAAUAGCCAUAGCUUUCUAUGUAGAAUAAUGUGUAUUUAUCAACACGCAUAAACAAAUACUAGUAGGCUAGCCAUGUACAUGUAAUAUAGACUUAAUCAUAUAAAUGGAUAAGUACAGCUUUGGAGAGAUGCCGCUUACUGAGGCUUGGUGUAUAUCAUGACGGACUGUGUUAGACUGAAUGUGAUAACAAAGCACAAUGUGAUAACAAACCAACAUGUCGUGAUGUAUAAAUAAUUAAACAAUGA